GGAUAUGAUUUUCCAGUCAAAUAGAAUUAGUAGAAAAUUUGUUUAGGUAAAAUUAAAUUGAAGCAGCAUGGAAGUAAACAAAACACGAACCGCCUUGGACAAAGAAUUCGAUGUGUUCUGGUCAAAUGUCAAUUGUUUUGUUGUGCUGAAUUUUCCGUAUGAAGAAAGAUGUGAAUUUGUGAAAAAGGCCAAAAAUUGCAUACAUGGAACGAACUUCGUACCAUACAUGCAUUUAUUUGCCUGUCAUUUCAAAUGUAAAAAUCAAUUUCAGGAGCUUGUCUUCGUGGCCAUCUUCUUCUUUGUAUGUCUCGAGUUGGUGCUCUGCCUCGGCUAUGCAGCCCAUUAUUAUUACAGUCCAGCGCUGAAGGUCGUUUCGCGAAUGCUCCACAUGAACGAGCAUCUGGCUGGCGUGACGAUAUUGGCUUUUGGCAACACAAGUCCAGAGCUGUUUUCUAAUUUGACGUCUCAUAAGGAUAAUGUGCCCGUAUUUGGCAAUUGCCUCUCGACGGCAUUGUUUGUGGUCAUGUUUGUGGGAGGAUUGAUCUGCUAUCUGUGUCCGUUCAAAAUGAGCUCAUACAGCAUCGUUCGAGACUUACUUUUCUUGAUAUUAGGCGUGACGCUUUUGGAAUAUAUGAUUUCCAGCGACGGGCUGCUUUCGAUUAGAGAGUGCUGCAUAUUAGCGCUAGUCUACAUCGUUUAUUUGGUGGUCAACGUGCUGGACCUGUAUCUAAUGCAUGUUUCCACAAGAUCACUAAGAGUCCAAAUAGACGCUCUGGACAGUAUAGAAAACACACAAGAUGUAAAAGAGCAGCGCAGAUCCCUUGAAAAGAAAUACAACGUGAUUAAAGUCGAUCAACGCGUGGAUAUUCUAAAGCGUGAGCAAGGCCCAAUGGCAGACGGUCCAAGUUUCACCUACAUGACUAAGCGUCCUGGCCGGCGUGCAAGGAUUGACAUGAGGGCCAAUCGCAGAAUUCUAUAUAAUGAAUUCCAGAGAAGAAACCAGUAUCUCUUCAGAGACUUCUUCUACGCACUCCGGCCGGUUGAUUUAGCUGAUUGGCGCAAAGCCAACAUGCUUAUGCGUACCUUUUAUAUAAUAAGGGCUCCAAUUGUAAUAAUAUGUGCGUUAUAUAUACCCUUGGUGGAUUAUGAGAAGGAAUUGAAUGGCUGGAAUAAGCUGCUCAAUUGUCUACAAAUUAUCAUUAAUCCGGCGAUCACAAUAACAAUGGGCAGUGCAAUAAUAUUUAGAGAAAAAUCGAGGCUCUGGUAUUCCACCAUAACCGAGACUUGCAAAUACGGCUUUUACUCCUUUGCGAUAACGGUGCCAAUUUCCAUAUUUGUGUUUUGUCACUCGAGGACCGGUGUCCCGCCAGCAUAUCAUUGGUUGUAUACGAUCUUGAAUCUGACUGGAUCUAUGUUCCUGACUUUCCAGUGUGCCUCCGAAAUAGCCCUGAUAAUCGAUGUGUGUGGCCACAUAUUAAAAGUUGAAUCCGACUUCAUGGGUGCCACUGUAAGUGCCAUUGCCAGCGCCCUCGGCAAUCUGGUGACCAAUACUUCACUGGCUCUGCUUGGUUAUGAAAAAAUGGCGUAUGCUGCAACUAUUGGCAGUCCAUUCUUUAGUGUACUCCUGGGCACGGGUGCUGUGUUAGCAUCCAGAAUAUUAUCCGGCGGUUCUCCCACAAUUGAGAACAUGCAUGGCAAGUAUGGUGAGAAUGCGUUCGUCUUGUUGCUUCUCGGGCUCUUGUCAACGCUGCUGUGGACAGCUUUAUUAAAUUAUAAUUCUCGCCGUUCUGUUGGCAUAUUCUCCAUGGGCAUCUACCUUCUAUAUUUAGUUUUUACCCUGCUGAUUAGGUACGGAAUAAUCCAACCAUAUAUCUUUAUGCAGUCGAUCCAGUCCCCGAUCGUUAUGCAGAGGCAGAUGCGAAUCUUUAAUCAUGACAGCUAACACGCUUUUGAUAUCCAAAAUUUAUAGUAGCAGAUGAAACAAAUUUUAAUGGUAUACACACAUAGUUAAUGUAUGUACUCAGAUACAUUAGUUGCCAUUUACCAUUUGAUAGGUAUAUGUAUGUUUGUAUGUAUGUAUGUAAGUUAUAUGUGAACCAAAAUAUUAAUU